AUGCUAGCUUCUAAUAUAAAUCAUGGGAAUAUUGAUACCAUGGGUCAAUCGUUUAAUGAAACUUCAAAUACCAAAAAAUCAUCAUAUUUGGAUAGUACAGACUCAGAAGAUGAAGAUCAACCCCCAGCUUUAAGUGAUUAUGCUCUUGCUUUGCUUCAAAAAGAUAAAGAAUCUGAACAAAGUGAAUUCAAGUUUCAACAUCAUGUACCCAAAAGGGUCAAUUUCAAUAGACAAUCAAGUAUAAUAAAUGGCUCACAGGGCAGCAAUUUCACCAACAAUAAUAACAUUAAUAACCAUACAUCACAUACAAAUCAAUCAGAACAUGAAACCAUCUUCACCAAGAAUGUGAAUAAUGAUCUACAAUCCAUGGCAUCUUCAUCACCAAAUGAGAAACAUCAAAAAACUCCUUUACAUCAUAUAGGAUCUUCAAAUAACAACAGCUUUGGAUCAGAUCACAGUAAUAUAAGAUUAAGAAGCUCAAUAAGGCGUAAUAGAACUUUAGGAUCUCUUGGACCUCCAAAAAGAAUUGUCAAAAUUGAAGAACCUGAUGAAGAGAACAAAGAAAACCAAAAUGAUCAAAGAGAUGACCAAUUAAAUAAGGAGGAUUUUCCAAAGAAACAAAUCAUUGAUCCGGUUGUUACACCAAGAGCUAGAAAGAUUUCUCCAUACACUACAAACAGCUUUCAAUCCACACCACAGAAAACACCAUUCGAUUUCGAAGGGUUGAAUCCAUAUCAAUAUUCUAAGAAGUACAAUUUACCAUCAAAUGAAUUACCAAAACUUGUAAAACUAUAUUUUGAACAACAAAGAAACCAAACCAAACAAACAUUAGCCCAGAACAGUCCCGCCAGAUUAAGAGAAGCUUUAUAUACCAAAAUCGAAGAUGAUAUUAAUCAAAAAUCUCCUUAUAGACCUGAACCAAGACAAAAACUUUUCAAAGCUGAUACAGAUCUGAGAUCAUCAUCAUCUUUCAAAAAUCACAAGAACAUUGAUUAUCGCAGCAAAGAUACUAAAAAUGAUUUCAAGGCUGGUCAAGGAAGAGUGCAAGUUUUUGAAGAUAAAGAAAACAUUGAUAUUAGGCCAAAGAAUAUACUGAAUUCCAUAGAAAGACCUUCAAAGGUCGCCAGGAAACCUUUGUUACCCCUGUCAGAUUUAAAUCAAAAUAUAAAACAAGAAGAAAGAAUAUCAUCACAGAAUACACUGAAGGCUAACAUAGAAAAAACAGUGAAACCAGUAUACCAAGAACACCAUGUACAGCAAGUUGAACCAUUAAAAGCCCCAGACCUAUCAUAUCAAAGAUCGAGCUCCAGAAUAAUGUCCAUUAAUGGUAAGCAAUAUGAGAAAUUGGAUCUUUUAGGUAAAGGUGGAUCUUCAAAAGUUUUUAAAGUCAAAUCAACAAAUAAUAAAGUUUAUGCAGUUAAAAAAAUUUCUUUUGAUGAAUUUGAUGAUUCCAGUAUCAAAGGUUUUAAAGGUGAAAUUGAUCUUUUAACAAAGUUGAGGGAUAAAGAAAGGGUUGUUAGGUUAAUCGACCACUCUUUGGGCCAAGGUUCUUUAGUUCUAGUUAUGGAAUGCGGUGAUUUAGAUCUUUCAUAUGUUUUAACUAAAAGAUUAGAACUGCCAUUAGAUAUUGAAUUUGUUAGGUUCCAUGCAAAUGAAGUAUUAAAAUGUGUUAAAGCAGUUCAUGAUGCUGGUAUUGUUCAUUCAGAUUUGAAACCUGCAAAUUUCCUUUUUGUUAAAGGUAUGUUGAAAAUCAUUGAUUUUGGUAUUGCAAAUGCCGUUCCUGAUCAUACAAUGAAUAUUUAUCGUGAAAAUCAAAUUGGUACACCAAAUUAUAUGGCACCUGAAGCUUUAAUUGAUAAUAAUCAGCAAUUAGCAGAAACAACGUCACAUCAUAAAAGUACAUGGAAGGUUGGUAAACCCUCAGAUAUAUGGUCAUGUGGUUGUAUUAUUUAUCAAAUGAUUUAUGGUCGUGCACCAUAUGGAGGAUAUCAAGGAACUCAAAGGUUAUUGGCAAUCAUGAAUCCAGAUGUUAAGAUUUCAUACCCUGAAAAGGGAUUGGGUGGUGUUAAAGUUCCAGGUACUGCAAUUGAAACUAUCAAAGCAUGUUUACUUCGUGAUCCAAAUGAACGUUGGACUGCACAAGAUGUUCUUGAUGGUCCUUUUUUGAAACCAAGAGUUGUAUCUGAACAAUUUAUAAAUGAUUUGGUUAAAAAUGCAAUUACUUAUGGUGUUGGAAAAUCGUCAAUUGGCGAUGAUGAACUGAGAACUUUAGCUGAUGAUGUUUGGAGGAGGGUUUCACAAUUAAGUUUAUAG